UGGUCAGCCAGUAAAACAGAAGCUCUAUCCUGUCCGAAGCCGAUUGCGCGGCGACCGAUCGCCAAAUACAGGCCGGUUCUGCACAAGUUUCGUUCUGCAGUUUCCGCGGAUUUUGGUGGACAUCCAAGAGCUAGUCGUCCCCUCCAAAGUCCGAACUCCAUCCCAACCACGCGGUUCCUCUCAGAUCUAGGGUUUCCAUACAGAGAGAGAAAUGCGGGGAGAUUAAUUGGAGGCGAGAGAUGGGUCAGCAGCCCAUCCACCGGCCGAAUGCCGACGCAGCCGCGCUCCCUCGUCGCGCCGUCGUCUUCCUUUUCUCCCAGUCUGGCGCGUCGCGCCGCAUCAGCAACACCUGCAAGGGAGCUUCGUGGCCGUCCGUCGCUCGAGCGCUGGCAGCGGCGCCGGCUUCCUAAUUUGCUCUUGCCGGCCGUCUGGCCGGCGACUGCGGCCUCUGCUGCACUUGUUUGCAGUUCCGGAAGAGGCCGGCGAAUAAAAAGCAGCUCCUUUUCGAGCUGCGUACAGAAAUCGACCCCUUUCUGUAUUCAUUUCGGACGGAGAUCAGCUCCAUCUCUUUCUCGGUCAACCCCCAGCAGAAUUAAGGGGAUCGCCUUCCAAUUUCGAGUUUGCUCUCCAAUUUCUGACUCCUAAGUUGGAAGCUUGAACCAAGCCAUUAUAUAUCCCCUCCAAGCGGUCGGCGCCGAAGCCAUCAGGUUCAGUGGAGACCGAGCCACCCGCGAGUCAUCAAAAAACACAUCCGGCGACGAGGACCUCCCUCGCUCCUCCUCUUGGUCAUCGGCUGAUCUACACCAUGGAGGAUGGUAAUCGAGAAGACAUGCUUAGCAACUUGCCUGAUCAUAUUUUGCUCACCAUUCUUGACCGGCUCAAUGUUUGCGACGCUGCAAGAACAUGUGUCCUCUCCCGACGGUGGCAGCAGCUCCCUGCUAUGCUCUCUCAAAUUAAGAUAGACGUUUUGGAUUUCCUCCCUGAGGGAACAACUGCAUGCUACCAACGCGAAAUUGUUCGAAUCAAUGGAGCUGCGGUUGAAGCAACAAAGAGCAUCAUGUCACGCAGGGAUCCAAGCCGAAACACCAUCCACCUCCUGUCCAUGAAGUUCUUUUUGAGAGACAAUGACACCAUAUCCAUUGGACAUUCUGUUGGCCAGAUCAUGGCUACCCACAAGGUUGAGAUAGCCCAAUUCGCAAUUUUGACAGAGGCGCAUUACUCCUGCCGCGGCGAUGAUGAUCUGGUCUACUAUGGGAGAAAUUUUAUGUUGUUCUUUGAAGCUUGCCCGGGUGCAUUUGGUGGUCUCACGCGCCUCAAACUGCAGGAUUUGAGAUUUGGUAAAUCAGACAUCUGUAAUGUCCUCCUUACCUGCAAGCAACUAAAACACCUACGCAUGUUCAAUUGCGACUCAGGGGUUUGGACCACACUGCAAGUUGAACACCUGGAGCUCAGUGAGCUUGAGAUCGUUAAUUGUUCAUUUAGAAAAGUCGUGCUCAUCUCCCUCCCAAAACUCACACAGAUGGCCUUUCAUGGUUGGAUCGCUUUCCAAGAUCCACUAUCAGUUGGUGAUGUACCAUUGCUCGAGACUGUAGAUCUCACCAAUGUUUGUCUUAGUAGCCACAAAAUGGUCAAGUUAAGUAAGUUUCUUGGCGGCACCUCUGUGCGUAACCUGAGGUUAGGAUUUGAGAGCGAAAAGAUUUGGGUGCAACCAGAACAUCUGACGAGACAGCUGGCAUCCGUGUUCUACCAGCUAACUUUUGUGCAUAUGGCUGAAAUUCCAGAAGGGUAUGACCUCUCCUGGUCAUUGUUCAUUCUUGAAGCUGCGCCCAACUUGAAGGAGCUAUAUUUGACGGUGUGGGAUCAUUUGUGUACAAUGGAAAUGGACAGGGAGAAGAGGAGGGCACUCUCGUAUAGCAUAAGGAAGGGUGUAAGGUGGGAAUCAUCUGCAUCUCGUUUCCAGCACCGGAGUCUGGAAACGCUAGUAAUCUUUGGUUUUGAAUCUGAAGAAUACAUGCUGACGCAUGUCAGGUGUGUCAUGGAAGCCGCGGUGAAUCUAAAGAAUGUGUUCCUAUACAAUAGGCUGGCGUGUAAGAUGUGCCGCGACAACCCUCUGCCGUCCAGCUUCCCCUUUGCUGAGACUAAGAAGCUUUUGGUGGAGAAGAUAAUUACCAGUGGGAUCGAUUCAGCUGCCUCAAUUCACUUCCUGGCCGGCAAAGCUAUAUGGGCUUCUCAUGUUGCAAAGAAGAACUUCCCAUAGUGUCUUUAGUUCAAGUUUGUGUUGUAACUUGUAAUGCCCUUUGUGCCAAAGCUGAUAACAUAAUUUGAGUCAACUUUAGUAUUCCUUGAUUGAAUGAAGUGUAAGUUUAAUCCUGGCAGCAUUUUGUUUUAUCAGUAAGACGGGAACAUAUGCUCCUUUU